UAAACGCUUUAUUCAUUCUAGAGAAAUAUAAAUUUAACAGAAUGCUUUGGGACUUUAUACGAGCAUCAUUGCAGUCGAACUGUGACACUUAUUGCAACAACAAUAGCGAUAAAAACAAAAAUUAAAUUAAAUAAAUAUAUUUUUCAACGUUUGAGUAAUUUAUAUAAGUAAUUGAUUAUUGAUAUGUGAUACUCGGUCAUUUAACUUGUCAAUUAAAUGGAUAAAUAAAUAAUUUAAUUAUCAAUUUAUUUAUUUAAUUAAUUAUUUUUAAUUUUUGAUUUUUUUUUUUUUUUUCAUUUUCAAGUGUGUAAAUUCAUUUUUUUUUUUUUUUGCCCAUGAUUUCUGGAAAUGAGUAGAGGACAAGUGGAUGCAUAUUGCAAAUAAAAAUUAAUUUAAAAAAAUAAAAAAAUUUAAAUUAUGACUGAGUGUAUGUUAUUUGUGAAAAAAUAAGUUAAAAAAAAAAAUCAAUUAAAAGCGUGGGAUAAUUUUUAAAGUUGAAUAAUGUGUUUUUAAUUUGAUAAAUAUUUUUAUUGUUUAUUAAAAGUGUUGUUUAACUAUUUGACUAUUAUUUUUUGUUGUUUUGAUUAUUGGAAUUUUUCAAUAUGACAAGUCAAUUUGACUUUAAUCCAAUGGAUCUUGCAAGUGUAUUUAGAAGAAAUAUCAAUGAAACCGACACAGAGAGUGAAAUGUCGAGGUUUUCACCACCACUGAGAAUGUUUGCAACAAUUGUUGCAAUAAUAAUAUUAUUAACUGGUCUUUUUGGUAAUUUAUUGACGAUAAUUGCUCUAUCAAGAUAUCCAAAAAUUCGUAAUGUCGCAGCAGCAUUUAUCAUAAGUUUAUGUGUUGCUGAUUUUAUAUUUUGCCUGCUGGUAUUGCCAUUUGAUUCAAUAAGAUUUGUCAAUGCAAGUUGGACAAAUUAUAGAUAUCUUUGUAUGGGUGUACCAUUUUUACGUUAUGGAAAUAUUGGUGUAAGUCUUUUGAGUGUUGGUGCAAUAACAAUAAAUCGUUUUAUCAUGAUAACUCAUCACAGUCUUUAUGCUAAAGUUUAUAAAAAACACUGGAUUGCCUUGAUGAUUGCCAUGUGUUACAUAUGCUCAUACGGAAUGCAAUUGCCAACAUUAACCGGUUCCUGGGGUAAAUUUGAUUACGAUGAAAAAUUGGGUACUUGUUCAAUUAUCAAGGAUGAAAAUGGUAGAAGUUCAAAGACAUUUCUUUUUAUAACUGCAUUUAUUAUUCCUUGUAUUGUCAUUGUUUGUUGUUAUACAAAAAUAUUUUGGGUUGUUCACAGUUCAGAAUCACGAAUGCGUAAACAUGCAAGUCCAACAAUAAAAUCACCACAUACACCAGGACGUGAUACAAGAGAAAUAAAACAAAGAAGAAGUGAAUGGAGAAUAACUAAAAUGGUAUUAGCAAUAUUUUUAAGUUUUGUUGCUUGUUAUUUGCCCAUUACAAUUGUCAAAGUAUCUGAUCCAGAUGUCAAUUAUCCAAAAUUUCAUGUGAUUGGUUAUCUUUUAUUGUACUUUUCAUCAUGUGUAAAUCCAUUGAUUUAUGUUAUAAUGAAUAAACAAUAUAGACAAGCAUAUGCUAAUAUAAUAAGUUGUUCAAAAAUAAGAGCAACAUUGACACCACAUGGUAGCAGUGCACCAGGACAUAACAACAUUGGCCAAGAUUAUUCAAAGGAUUACAGCAAGACAAUGGUGUCAACUGUUUCGAUCGCAUUGAAUCCAGUUAUCAGAAAAUCUGACCUCCAAGAUGAUUAAAUUUAAAAAAAAAAUUAAAUCAAAAAGAGAAAAAAGCUAGUAAUUUUUUAAUAAUAUUUAAACAAUUAUAAUCUAAUUAUAAUAUUCAUAAAUUAAUAUAAAAAAACAUGCAUGAAAUAUCUUUAUAAUUUUUUUUUUUACUCAUCAAAUCAUUAGCAACUAAUUAAUGGCUAAAAAACACAAAUAUAAAUAAUCAUAAAUAAUUAUAAAAUAAUUAUUUUAUUGAUAAAUUAAUAUGUAAAAAAAAAAAAUAGAUAAAUAGCUUGAUAAUUUAUUUUUUUUCACUCAUUACAACAUUAGAAAUUAAUUUAUGAAAAAUUUAUUUAAAGUAAUUUAUUUAUAUGACUGAGUCGUACAUAGACUCUGUGUAGUUGUGAUGAUUAUAUAAAUCAAAUAUUAACGUGCCAACAAUUUGUUUAUAAAAAAAAAAAAAAAAAAAAAAAAAAUAAUUUACAUUUAUAUAUUACAAGUAUUAUUAAUUAAUUAUUUUAUAAUAAAUUUCGAAUUGGAUGACCAAAGAAAACUAUCCAAACUUUUGUAAAUAAAAAAUAAAAAAAAAAUAAAUAAAGAAACUAGUA